GAGCACUACUGUAAUGAUGGGGAUAAAUAAAGCUUUGAAGAGUCAAAAAAGAAAAAGAAAAAAAAGCAGCCACGAAGCAGCAGUGACAGCGUGGGAUUUCCUGUCUGGCAGAGGAGAGGGAAGGAGUGAUGGCUGAGCUGUAUGUGAAGCCGGGUAACAAAGAAAGGGGUUGGAAUGACCCUCCCCAGUUCUCUUAUGGCUUGCAGACUGCAGGAGGUGGUAAGCGUACCCCUCUGAACAAGAGAGUCCCUGCUCCCUUACAAGGCUGUCCGGCAGUUCCUCCUGCCCUACCGGUUUCAUCUUCCACCCCGCCAAUGGUGCAGCCACCACCUCCUGCCAGUAGUAUUGGCCCUCCUCCUUUAGGACCCGUGAGCUCCCCUCUUAGAAUAGAUAACAUGAAGCAGUGUUCCAAUCCAGCAGAAGACCAGGUUCCUGUCGAUGUGAUGGACGUUUUGACUCCAUUGAAUGAAACUCUGGAGGCCUGCAAAGAUUCUAUUAAGACUCAAGUAUUUACAGACAUUGGACGGAGGUUGACUGUUUUGCAAGAAAUGUGGAAUAGUGGGAAGCUGUCCACAUCUGUACAUAAAAGAAUGAGCUUAUUGGUAAAAGAGAUAAAGAGCCAGAAUUGGGAUUCUGCAGAUGAAAUUCAUCGAUCUCUUAUGGUUGAUCACAUCAAUGAAGUCAGCCAAUGGAUGGUGGGAAUAAAACGUUUAAUGGCUGAAGCUAGAAACCUACCUCAGAAAGAUCCACAUACGGGAGAUGAGACUUUAACAGAUAGCACUACAGACUCUGCUCAGCAGGAGACUUUAGGAUGAGUUUUUCUUGCUGCUAUUGAAUAAGUACUCUGAGAUUUUAUUUAGUUUUCUGCUUAUUUAGUGCAGUACUGGCUAUUAUUAAAUAAUAAUGCAGAGGUCCUUGUGUAUACCUAUUUACGGUGACGUAGUAUACAUGGGUUUUCCUCCAUUUUGUUUCCGAUUUCCCCUCUGAUAUGCCUCUUCUUAUGCAGCCUACAUUUCCUAUGAUGCCUCUGGUUUUAGAGACAGAGGGAGCGGACUCUCAUGACUGCAUUUGCUAUGUGUCCUAAGUGCAGCACAUGAUGGAUCAUUGACAUAGAACAUUUGUCCCAUCACCCACACUAUAGAGUUUUUUUUUUAACUUUAAUCUGUCUUCUUUUCUCCCUGUCAGCUCUUACAAGAAGUAGGGCAAUGUAAAUCUGCACUUUAUACGACACAGUGAAGUAUCUGCACACAGAACAGACAGACAGGCAGGAUGAGUCAGAAGACGUGUAUAACUCUGCAGCUGAUCAGUGUAUGGACUCAACUACUAUAUCCCUGUAUUGCUGGUCUCUUAGAUAAGGCAGUAAUGGUCCCUCAGCACUGUGUGCAUGAGGGGACAUACAUGGCUUGUCUGUCUGAUCACUCUUGGGAACCAAUGUUUUACGGGACUGACAUUUCAAGGUCAAGGUCCUUUAUUGCUAAAAGUGAGAAUGGCCACUCUACUGGAGGUGCAUAUGGAGGACCUACCCGGGCAAUUGGGAUUUUGCUGCAGUAUUCUUAUUGUACAUAAGACAAGGACGCCAGGAGUAUCCAUUAUACUGGACCAAACUAUUAACACUAAAAAGUAUAUUUUCCUUUAUUUCCUUCUCAAGAACCUUUUUAAACAAUUUAAUUGCUUUGCAAAUUUGCACUUUUAUCAGCACAUAAUUUCGUACCCUCUGCAGUUAUACAGAGAGCUCAUAAUUAAUGUACACUAACUGGCCACUUUAUUAGGUACACCUAUUCAAUUGCUUGUUAACACAAAUAGCUACUUAGCCCAUCACGCAACUCAAUGUGGGAGAUUUAUCAAAACCUGUGUAGAGAAGUUGACCAGUUGCCCAUAGCAACCAAUCAGAUCGCUUCUUUCAUUUUGUAGAGGCCUUUUCAAAAAUUAAAGAAGCAAUCUGAUUGGUUGCUAUGGGCAACUGGUCAAUGUCUCCUCUACACAGGUUUUGAUAAAUCUCCCCCUAUGAAUUUAGGCAUGUAGACAUAGAAACAUAGAAUGUGUCUUUCUACUGCUCGACAUGAUCAACACAACUUGCAGAAAUUCAAACUGAGCACCAGAAUGGGAAAUAAAGGGAAAAUGACCCAGGCAAAUCUUCAUCAAUUUUAACAGUGAAUAAUUGCUCAUUUAUUUGCUUCCUUGUAGAUCUAGUGUAUAUUUAUCCUGGUUGCUUGACUAUUUUGUAUUUCCUUCAACUUAAAUUUAUUUCACAUUUUAUUUGGCAUUUCAGAUGGUUUUCUUGGGGUUUGUGGUGAUUUCUUAAAAUAAAAUACAAUUUUAUUUGUU